AUGGCCUCCAAGAUCAUGUCCCUCCUCUCCAUCGUUGCCGCCGUCUCGGCCCACGGCAUCGUCACCUCGCCGCCGCCCCGUCCCGUCGGCGAUGCCUUCCGUGCCGCUUGCGGUAACACCAUGUUCAACAUGAUCAACUCCGACCCCCUCGGCAACAUCCAGGGCAUGGAGCAGGGCCGUGACGCCUCUCUCGCCUCGGCCGACUGCAACCUCAACCUCUGCAAGGCCUUCAAGUUCGAGGACAACCCCGCCGCCAACAUCCAGUCCUACAGCCCCGGCGAGACGGUCAACAUGCUCGUCCGGAUCGGUGCCCCCCACACCGGCAUCGCCAACGUCUCCGUCGGCAACACCAUCACCAACACCAUCAUCGGCACAUCGCUGAUCGAGUUCACAAACUACGCCACCACCCGCACCGGCCCUCCUACCACCUGCAAGCGCCGCCGCGUCCGCCGCAACUCGGCCGCCGCCAAGAAGUACCGCGCCGCCAAGCGCGCCGCCGCCCUCCGCCGCUAA